AUGAAUCAAUCAGAGAAAGUGCCUAUUGACGAAAGUGAUUGUAUCUCGCAAAACUCGACUUAUGACUCUUUGAGUCACAACCUAGUAGAUGUCCUCAACAUAUACGCACCGUUAUUCUUAUCCAUCUGUGGGGUCUUCAGUAAUGUCAUCAACCUGGUCAUUUUCUGGAAACUAAGCCUCAAGGACAGCAUGAGCGUCAGUCUCUUCGCCUUGUCCCUGGCAGACUUUCUCUCGGCCUUCUUGUACACAAUGGUAUGUCUAUGUUAUCUAACCAACAAGUUGUAUCCCUCCAGUAAUAUCGAUGCUUGGGCCCUGGGUUUCUUCGCUUUCGGCUGGAUGGUAAAUGCCAUGUACUUGACCUCUUGCUGGAUCACGGCUAUGAUAACUAUAGAACGAUGUUUUUGUGUAGUUUUUCCCUUUAAA